UUGGUUGUUUGGUUCUUCUCUUGUUGUUGUUUUUAAUUCCAUUCAUAUUUGCUUGAUUGCAAAUCUGGAUGCAUUUGCUAGAGAAAUGAUUGCCGUCGCAGAACCGCCAUUGGAAUUCGUUCCGCGCGGUCGUCAGGCGGCUAAGGAGCAUCCGGGUGCCCAGGAUCAGGCGCCGCCUGGUACAAGGACCAAAUAUCUACCCACCGAGCAUGUGCUUAUGCAGCGCCUGCAGAACGUAAACAUCUCGACAGGAGCUCGCGGCGAUGACGACGACGAUGAGGAAACCCCAGGCGGAGCGGCUGGUGGUCAGACAGAGUUCUGGCUAAUAAGGGAGAUCUACGAUGACUACGAAGAGAGCUACAAACGGGAGAGACGGCGCCAGCAGCUAAUGGAAUUGACCAAGAAAUGUGGCCCAAAGGCUGCGGCAGCCGAGCAAAUGACAUCGCUGCCGCCGGAAUUGCUGCGCCCGCGACCAGGAUACGAAAGCCAUGAAGAGCCCAUGUGUGACUAUAUGGUAAACAAUGAAGAGGAGCUAUAUGUGCACCGCAACACAGUGGUCUGGACGCAGGGUCUGGUGGACGACGAUGACGAGGACGUGGGCGUCUUCAAGCGAAUGUGCUUCACCUGCGAUACUCCGGUGAAGUUUGCCUGCUUUCUCAACUCCACUUUUGUACGCGGCCGUCUGGCCCAGUUGAAGGCCUCCAUUCAGCCUGAGGAGGACUCACUUACCGCCAUUUGUGUCAUGGAUCAGAAUUCUUUGCGGGUGUACUGCGAUGAUGGUGAGGAUUUUGUGGCUAAUUUGGAUUUCCCUGUCUCGCAGCUAUGGCAAACUGAACACGGCCUCUUGCUGGAGAAGGAUUCAAGCAAUGCUCUUGUCUCACAUUUAACUAUACCUAUGCCAAGGCUCUUCUCCAUGUCCCAUCCCCUGCAUGAGGCAUGUCCCGUCGUGUUAAAGACAUCGGCACCCCAUAGUUCCACCGGCUAUAUGACUGAACCGGAGUUCAGUGUUGUAUUCACCACUGAGAAUUCGGAUUUAGUUCUGCUGUAUGAUGCAAAGUUUGGCAAGCAUUUUGUGGCUCGUCUUCGCAAGGUUACGCCCGAGGAGGUCAACCUUGUGGGACAACAGCCGCAGACCCAACAGCACCAGGAGCUACAUCAAACGCAGUUAGGUGGCAGCUCUACUAAGGCAGGCAAACUAUCGACCACAUCGUUUAUGGGUGGCAAAAGUCAAGUGGCCAGUGGAUUCGGUAACUAUUCAAAGUUUGGCUUAAGUCAAUCGCAAUCCUUUAGUGGAGUCCUUGGCCAAUCUAAUCGUGCUUCCUUGGGUACACCAUUGAGCCAACUGCAUAGCAGCAUCAGCCAUCAUUCGAUGUCGGUGGUCAAGGAUAUGCGUAAGAUUACGCAUGUACAACCAGCCAAACCCAUUGAGCCGGAAAUGUGUUUGGAGCACAUUUGGACGGAGAAUUCAUACAGCCCGCAACGUGCAGAUUUUGGUGAAAUGGCUAGUCGGGCCUUUAUACACACCGAUUUGGUUGGUCAGACAUAUCUAUGCUAUUUGUUAGCCCGUUCCUGUCGCCUUCAAUUGGUGCUACUUACUGGCUAUGGAACGAGUGAGGUACAACUGUCCACUUUGUCCUCCACACUGGCCGCCAAAGAUGCUGUUGGCCUGAAUCGUUUGCAUAUGAUCGCGGUACUCGAUCCUGGGGGCUGUUUAAUUCUCUACACGGGCACCGUACUCAUCUCCAAGGUGCACAUAACACCCCUGAUGGCGCCCACUGUAACACCCAGUCCAAUUCCACCGACAGUAGCAACAACUCUGGCGGAAUCGCCAGCAGUCGGCAGCACAGGGGCCAACACUUCCUUCGUGGAAGUGAGACGCAGCAGUUUGUUGCCCACCAAGGCAGCUGCUCCCACCUCUGAGUUGCAGGCCUUCGAUGAGGAACUGCAUAUGCUGUCACCGAUUCAGGCUCCGCCGCAGAUUUCGUCGUAUGCACAACGCCAGGCACAUAAUAUAUGCAAAUCGCUGCGAGAUCCGGCUGGCAAUCGUUUGACCUUAACAUAUGCCACAGGACGAAUGUUAAGGAUUGCUCUGCCCCUGCUCAACGACACACGGCUGAUCAGUCGCUGUGUGGCCAGUCUGCGGCAAGUGUUGAAUCCCACACAGUUCCUGCAUUUCAUUAUACGCUGGUAUAGUGCGCGUAAUCCGCCCGGAUCGCGAGAUUAUAGUAUUGAGCAGGAAUGGCAAUUGUUCCGGACCACAUUAUUGGCCCUAAUGGGCUGCACAUCGGGAGCCAGUGCAGGCGGCUUGGUUGGCGGUGGCGACAACUAUGAACGCUGUAAUACUCCACCGCUCCACCAAUCGUCAACGGCCAACACUUCGUCCUCCAUACAGGAUGAACCAAAGAAGCGUCGCAAAUAUAAUGAUAGUGAAGAAUACACGGAUGAUGAUUGGGAAUUCCUGCUGAUGCAGACAACAUUGGCGCCCAGUUGCGGCAUUCCGUCGUGGGACAUGCAAAGCUACAGUGUGGACACUAGUGCUCCUCUAUUCAAUAUGAUUCCGGCCAUAUUCUAUGGCCUGCAUCUGCUUUAUGAGGAUCUCAAGCUAGACACAGUAUUCCAGGGCUCAUCCUGCUCAUAUUUGGCCACGUUUCUGCAUCAAAUGGCCAUUGAUAUGCAACUAGAUAGCUAUAUAUUCCAUUAUUCCCUUGACUAUCCCGAAUUGAUGCACAAAACGACCAAAUUGUGCCGCCUGGGGGUGGAACAUGGUGCCCUGAUGCUUAACCAGGAGCUAUUGCGUGUGCCCGCUCCCAGUAUCUAUGGCCAAUUGGAAUUGGUUCUCUUGGGCAAGGAGGAUGUCAAUUUACCCUACACCUACAUGGAAUGCAUCAACGAGCGGAGUCGCAAUCUCAUCCAGCUCUUGGCCCUCACCCGCCAUGGUCAGACUAAACUGAAAUCGUGGUGGCAGCGUCUGGAGCUGAGCGAUGCGGUGCAAGCGAACUAUCCCAAGCGGGCAAGGCGAAGCAUCUCAUUGAAUGUGCCGCGUUGCCAUCAAGUGCUGGAGCUGUUGAUGGCUCUGGAGAUGACACGAGAGGAUAUCGAACGGCUGCCAGCUGCCAUACACUUGAUUAUAGCCGAAACUCUCGAAGAGGCCCGCCUAGAGCCACCCAUGGGGGCUUCAAAGGCUAGCUAUGAGUUGAUCCUAAGACCCGAACUGGCGGCCCAUGCCCAGUUACCUUUCCUAGAGGCCCAAUUGCAUGCAGGCGGAGCGGAUGGUGGUGGUACGGUGGGCCAAGUCUACAAAGAGGAUAGCCUCUCGCCACGCACACAUGUAGAGAACGAGGCUGGUGUGACGGAGUCGGAGCACCUGCGCAACGAUGACAUGGACAAUAUGGAUACGAAGCUAUUGCGUUUACGCUUUCCCGACGAUAUGCGUGUGGAGGAAGUGCGUCGCCUGCUGAACAGCUCCGAGCCAGUGCCCAUUGAGGUGCAACAAUCACCGGGCACAAGUGACCAUGAGUUCAUCGAAGAGCAGGAGAAGCAAUUGUUCGCUCUCUGCUCACGCACCAUGACCCUGCCCUUAGGACGGGGCAUGUUCACCCUGCGCACCAUAAUGCCCAAGCCCAGCGAUAACAUGACAAUGCCCAAACUGUGCCUGGUGGGCAAGGAACCCGUCAAGGGCACCACCAUCGAGCUGCAGCAAAUCGAAUUUCCAGCCAAUAUGCAUAUGUGGCCAUUAUUUCACAAUGGAGUCGCCUCCGGGCUAAAGGUUUCGCCCCAUGCCCAGGAUAUCGAUUCGACAUGGAUUGUCUACAACAAGCCCAAAUCCCAGGCCAACAAUGCCUUGGAGCAUGCCGGCUUUCUGAUGGCAUUGGGUCUAAAUGGCCAUCUCAGGAGCCUCUCCUUUAUGAGUGUCUUUAAGUAUCUGGUCAAAUGCGACGAGAUGACCAGUGUGGGAUUACUAUUGGGCAUUUCGGCUGCCCAUCGCUCCACCAUGGAUACAAAGAUCACCAAAUUGUUGAGCGUUCACUUGGAGGCCCUGCUGCCGGCCACUGCCAUGGAGCUGGACAUACCGCAGAGCACUCAGGUGGCUGCUCUAAUGGGCAUCGGUUUGUUGUAUCAGGGUUCGGCCAAGCGGCACAUUGCUGAGGUUCUGCUCCAGGAAAUCGGUCGUCCGCCUGGCCCUGAAAUGGAGAACAGUGUGGAAAGGGAGUCUUAUGCCAUGACAGCGGGAUUAUCACUCGGAUUGGUCACCCUGGGGCAGGGUGAAUCACCAGCGGGUCUAAGGGAUCUUCAAUUGCCCGACACCUUGCACUAUUAUAUGGUGGGCGGGGCAAAGAGACCCAUCUCGGGUUCCCAGAAGGAGAAAUACCGUCUCGCCUCGUUCCAAGUGCGCGAGGGUGACAAUGUAAAUAUAGAUGUUACCGCUCCAGGAGCUACUCUGGCAUUGGGUCUAAUGUUUUUUGAUUCGGGCAAUGAGGCAAUUGCCGAAUGGAUGAGGCCACCAGAUUCACGUUACCUUCUCGACAUGGUGCGUCCAGAUUUUCUUCUCCUACGGACAAUUGCACGCGGUUUGAUUCUAUGGCAACAAGUGCAACCGGAUAGCAAAUGGUUUCAGGCUCAAUUCCCCGAACCAUUGCGCAUCCAUUUACGUAAUGCCUCCAAUCGAGCCGAAGAAGAGGAUCCCCGACCCGCCGAGGAUGGUGAAGUUGACUUUGAGGCUAUCACUCAAGCGUAUUGCAACAUUCUAGCCGGAGCUGCCUUUUGUAUUGGCCUUAAGUACGCCGGAACUGAGAAUCCCGUAGCUUUUCGUACCUUGCGUCAUGUGAUUAAAGAAUUCCUUGGAUUUCCGAGUACACCCAUGGGGGAAUGUGCCGGCCGCACGACUGUGGAGAGCUGCCUGAUGGUUUUACUCAUAUCCAUUUCUUUGGUCUUUGCCGGCUCUGGUAAUUGUGAGAUUUUGCGUAUUAUUCGCUAUCUAAGAUCACGCGUGGGUCCACAAUAUCCUCACAUUACCUACGGCUCCCACAUGGCCAUACACAUGUCGUUGGGCCUACUCUUUUUGGGUGCCGGACGUUUCACCAUUGCCAAGACGCCGGAAUCUAUCGCGGCAUUGGUGUGUGCCUUCUUUCCCAAAUUUCCCAUACAUAGCAAUGAUAAUCGUUACCAUCUUCAGGCAUUGCGUCAUCUUUAUGUGUUGGCUGUGGAACCUCGCCUGUUUCUGCCACGAGACAUUGAUUCACAUCAGCUGUGUCUGUGCCACAUUUCUGUCAUGGAAAUAGGAUCCACGGAGCUACGUCGUCUGCCCAUUGCACCAUGCAUUCUGCCGGAGCUAAGCUCCCUGAAGAAGGUCAUUGUGAACGAUGAGAACUAUUGGCCCGUCUGCUUUGAGCGCAAUCGGAAUUGGCAUCAAUUGGAAAUGGCCUUGGCCAUGAGUGCUCCCAUUGACAUUAAGAAACGCACUGGCUGUCUCUCGCACCUGGAGGAUCCCGAUCGGCUGAAGAGCAUGCUGGCCCAAACUCUGACCAUGGAGCAGAGCAUUUGUUGGCAAAUCGAUGCCAGAGAUUUGCAACAAUUUGCCAGUGAGCGACUGGUUAAGCCAUUCUUGAGCCGCUUCCUGGACACCAAAGGCACUCAACUGAGCUAUGGAGAGUUGACCAAGCGGCAUCAAUUAAUGCUGCUCUUCUACAAUGCUGUCGUCAAGGAUCGCAUGCAUCUCUUGCCAGUCUAUCUGACCCUCUACGAUCAUGUUACCAAAUCGAUGCCCACCAACAACGAUGUGUGGCAAAUUAAGCUAAUCGAAGCCUAUUUGGGUCAGGGCCAAGAAGAGAAACAUCCUUUGAUCUCGGUAGAGCUUAUACAAAUGAUGACAGAGAUAUUCAAACUUCAAUUGGAAGCCUCCGGCCGUGAGCUGUGUGUGCCACUGAGAGAGUUCCUCAGCCAGAAGCGUCUCGAGCCCAGCUAUGUGGCCAGUGUCAAUGCCCAGGAUCUGCAGCGAGUGUUUUGCGUCAUCAACUAUUACAAUCUCAUGCCCAAUUUGUUAAACGGGGUCGAUCUUAGCUCGGGCACCAUUAACUACAUGCGUGUUCUUUACGAAUUCCGGCAGCUUCAAUUGGCCCCGCACACAAUUUUCGGUCUCUUGAAAAUAUUGCAGGCUCUCAGCACUGAGGCGACCUUCCAGCAACAGCAAGCCGAUCAGGUGGUCCAGGGGGUAUUGCUCCAGGAAAUGUGAAGAAUUGAUACAGUUUCCAAAAAAAGAAAUUAAGAAUCGUUUCUGAUUUUUCUUUUUGUACAUUUAGUUUUACUUAAAUAAAUGCUAAAAAUAUAAUAUUGAUUAUAUUAUAUAUAUGUAUUAGGAGUA